AUGCUCAUCGGAACGCUGUCACUCAUUGCAGGCCUUGCGGCGUCAGCCGCGGCCGGUGCCGUCCCCAAGGCCAAGGCAGACUUUAGCUGCGGUGUCCGCACGCCAACCAGGGGCCAGAUUGCGACUCAUCGCAAGCUGGCCUCGCUCGAGAGCGCUGCCCGUCUCAACGGCGUCACUGAGCGCGCCAACAUCAACGUUGACCUGUACUUUCACGUGGUUUCUGCCUCUCAAGGCGGUGUCAACUCCCUUGAUGACAGCAUAGUACAGAAGCAGGUCAAGGUCCUGAAUGACAACUAUGGCUCGGCGGGCAUCUCCUUCACCCUCCGCGACACCACCCGGACUGUGAACCAGGACUGGGCCACCAACGGCAACGAGCUGGCUAUGAAGAAGAAGCUCCACCGAGGCGACUCUAGUACCCUCAACCUGUACUUCCUCGACCGCCUCGAGGACGAUGGCUUCGGAAUCUGCACGUUCCCAGACUUUUUGUCUGAUCCCGAUGGGCCGACCCUUGACGGCUGCCUCGUCAAGGCCUCGACCGUGCCUGGUGGCCCCGAAGCCCCGUAUAACUUGGGCAAGACGGCCACGCACGAAGUCGGCCACUGGUUUGGGCUGUUGCACACCUUUGAACCGCACAGCAACGACCCCAAGGCCUCAGGUUGUGACGGACCCGGCGACUACGUGGAUGACACCCCGGCGUCGAAGAGUGCCACAAGGGGAUGCCCUACCGGUCGGGACUCCUGCCCUGCGCCGGGCCUCGAUCCCAUCCACAACUACAUGGACUACUCGGACGACGCGUGCUACUCAGAGUUCUCCAAGGGGCAGAUCACUCGCAUGCACAGUUACUGGACCAAUUACCGCAGCUGA